AUGAAGUGUGAAGCAUUGAAAGUCAAAAAUCCGACACUGAGACAUGAAGCAAGAGUGUAUGAAGCUCUGAAGAGCUACAGUUCGCCUCACUUCCUCACAUACGAAGAUCGCGGCUUGGUUGAUGACCGUUUUGUAUUCAUUGUGCUCAAAAUGGUGGGGAAAAAUCUGCUGGACGUGCAAGCAGAGUGCCCAGACAAAAAAUUCUCUAUGAUAACUGCGCUUCGCGUAGGCGAACAAACUCUUGCAGCCAUUCGGGAUCUCCACUUUUGUGGUUACAUCCAUCGUGAUGUCAAGCCGGACAACUUUGCAAUUGGGCGAGAAGAAGACAAAACAUCCCAUACGAUCUUCAUAAUUGAUUUUAAAUUUUCACGCAAAUUCAGAUCCGAAGGAAAAGAUCUGCGGCUCCAACGAGCACAAGCCGCUUUCCGGGGUACACCGCGGUACGCUAGCAUUACAGCGCUCAGCAUGAAAGAGCAAUCCCGCAAGGACGAUCUGGAAUCGUGGUGGUACAUGAUUAUCGAAUUUAUGCUCGGAAAGCUCCCAUGGGCUGACAUGAAGCCCAAUCAAAUAGAUGAGAUCAAGCACAUGAAGAAGCAAGUUCGGCUAAAACCUAACCUUAAAAAGUUUUUGAAAAACACACCGGAAGAGUACAUGACGAACAUCAUUUUGUACAUUGAUACUCUUCACUAUAAUUCAAUUCCCGAUUACGACCAUGUAGCCGCGCAUUUGGAAGCCGCUGUUAAGGCUUACUAUCUGAACUACGAUUCACCACCAGAUUGGGAUCUUAUGGCAGAGUAUAAAGGGCCACGGUAUGAGAAGGCUUUUUUGAAAAACACACCGGAAGAGUACAUGACGAACAUCAUUUUGUACAUUGAUACUCUUCACUAUAAUUCAAUUCCCGAUUACGACCAUGUAGCCGCGCAUUUGGAAGCCGCUGUUAAGGCUUACUAUCUGAACUACGAUUCACCACCAGAUUGGGAUCUUAUGGCAGAGUAUAAAGGGCCACGGUAUGAGAAGGCUGUAGGAGAAAAAGAAAACUAA